ACGGUCGCAGUUAGUAUUUUCCAGCCAACGGUGCCUCACAGGUGUGCAAAGAGUCCGCAGUGCGAGUGCAAGCUUUGGUUUUACUUGAACCCCAUAAAUAAGCCUGGAUAUCGAAUUGGAUUAAACAGAACCCACACUAACUUCGUAAAAAUCAAACCAAAAAGAAAAAGUCCCUGGAUUAUCGAAUGUUUAUAGUGCCCAGUGAUAUAUAUAGUGACCAUAGCUAAUCUAAACUGUUUGUGAAAAUGUGGACAACCGUGUGCUUGCUGCUCGUACUGAUGGCAACCUGCAGUGCAGGACCACUAAGUAGCCACCAGAAAAGAAAAGCCACUGUGACUCGUGAGGACCCUGUGCCUGCUGAGGUGGAAAUGCCGGAGCAGACCGAAACGGAGGCUGAAUCAGCUCCGGCGGAGGCUUCUUCCCUGGGAACCCUCACCCUACCCAGCAAUGCCACCUCCAUUCGGUCGGACAUCACGGAUAACUUCUCGUGUGCCAACAAGACGUAUGGUUACUACGCGGAUGUGGAGAACGAUUGCCAGAUCUUCCAUGUUUGCCUGCCGGUUACCUAUGCCGAUGGCCGGGAAAACACCUUCCGCUGGAGUUUCAUCUGCCCCGAGGAGACCAUCUUCAGUCAGGAAUCUUUCACAUGCAUGCGUCGCGAGGACAUGACCAUCGAGUGCUCAGAUAGCUCUAGGUACUACGAACUGAAUGGCAACUUUGGUGCUCCUGUGGAGGAGGAGAGCAAGCCCACUCCUAUGGAGAGUGAGCAGCCUGAAAAGGAAGAGGUGGAGUCCGAAUCCAAGCCAGAACCUGAGGCGGAGCCAGAGGUUCCGGCUGAGGAACCUGAGGUUCAGACCGCCAAGCCCGUGAAGCCAGUCAAGGUGCAGAAACCCAAACCAAACCGCAGGAAGCCUCAACCCCAAAGAAAGGUUCCCGUACCAGUAACAGCUGCUCCUGAAAUGGAGGCUGCUCCGGAACAAGUAGCUUUUGCAGAAGUGGAGUCCAAGCCCAUUAAGCCACAGCGUUUUACCAUUCGACCAAACAAGGAGAGACCCCAGGCGUUUAAACCAGCCAUUGCUGCUCCACCCAUGCGUAAUGAACUCUUCAAUGGCCUUCGCAAACGUCCAGCGAUAUUCAACAAGCCAACUACCAUAAAACCGGUGGAGGAAGUGGUGGAAAGUGAACCGGCAGUGACCGAAGCUGUGGUCCAACUCAGCGAGCCCCAACCCACACUCAAACUGCAAACUCUGUUUGCCGAGCCCGAAGUGAUUCCUGUGGAAAUCCAUGAGCCAGAGGUUCAGGCUUCCGAGCCAGCUGUUACUUUUGUUCAGCCGGAGGCUGUAGUUGAAGAAAUGGCCCCCACAAAGGUCCAGAUUGAUAGCAAGAUCGAGGAUAUGAAGCCCAUAGAAGCUUUUGAAGAGAUUCCAGCUGUUAUUGUGGAAAGUUUGGAUGAAUCAAAGCCUCAGGAAAGCGAGCAGGAAGAAACUAAGAUAACUGAAGAGGUUAAGCCAGAAGAAGAUACCAAGCCAGUGGAAGAUAUCAAGCCCGAAGGAGAAAUCAAGACAGAUGAAGAGAUCAAACCAGAGGAUGAGAUCAAACCAGAAGUAGAAACUAAACUGGAAGAAGAAAUCAAACCAGAGGAAGAAAUCAAACCAGAGCAAGAAAUCAAACUAGAAGAAGAAAUCAAACCAGUGGAAGAGAUCAAACUAAAAGAGGAAAUUAAAGCCGAAGAUGAUCCCGAAGUUCCAGCCAAGGUAGAGGAAAUCCAUGAGGUUAUGUCCGAUCAAAUAAAAUCAGAACCAACUAUUAUGGAAACAAGCAAUUCCCAUGAAGAAUCCCUGAGUCUUGAAACUUUAGAAGCAGCCAAGCCAGCAGAUGCACCCGAAAGUAUGCCAGCCACUCCCGAAAUGGAGCAACAUAGUCCACUGGUGGAGGAAAUCCUAGAUAAUAACCAUGAUGGAGAGGCACAGGAAUCCCUGGGCGGUUUCAAGCCAGUAGAUCCUGUGAUGGCCGCCGAGGCCGAACAACUGAUUACCGACUUUCUUAAUACACUCAAAAAGAACGAAGAGAAACCAGAGACUUACAUGGCAGUGGAUAAUGCGGAUGUGUCCAUUGAGGAGGCCAAGUUGCCAGAGCCCGAAAUUGUGGACAAAAAUGCCUCAGUUGAGGAGCAACUGCUGGAGGAAACGGAGGAUCAGAAGUCUCAGAAGCCGCAGAUGAUGCAGGAUUCUCCUAUUAUAAAUAUUAUGCAGGUGCAGCAUAUGCCCAUGGACUAUCAGAUCCCGGUGAAGGUGAUUCCCAUGGAAGUUCAGCCUGUUUCCGCAAUCUCUGAGGGCUUAGAGGUUGCCAAGGAAAAUGAUCCUCAGGAAACUGCUGCCGAGGAAAUCAAGGAAAGUGCUCCUGAAGAAAUCAAGGAUUCAGCUCCUGAGGAAGACAAGGAAAUACCUAGCGAAAAUAUUCAGGAUAUACCUGUGGAGAUACUAAAAGAAACUUCUGAGGAAAUCAAGGAAACUUCACCUGAAGAAAUGAAGGAGUUUGUUCAAGAAUCCCAAGAUGAGCUGGUGGCCAAACCAGAAGAAACUCAACUAAAUGAUGACCAGCAAGAGAGUCUAGUCACCGCUUCCUACAUGCCCUCGAUCAGCAUCGAUGACAUUGUGGAGCUGGUCAAAGAACGCCUGGAUCAGACGCCCAAGAAGGAUCAGAUGGCUCCCAUGGAGCUGAUCCUUACGCCAGGAGCAUCCGAGCCCAUGACUCUGGUUCAGAGUAACACGGAGCAAACGGAGCAGGCGGAGCAGGAAUCCCAGCCAGAGGAGGAGAGGGAGGAGCUCAUUCUGCCGAUCUACAAGCGCAUCGCCGCCGCUGAACCCGCCAUGUCCAAGGUGCAAACGCUGCCGGUAACGGUGAGCAAGGUGGAAACGGAAGCUCAGCCGGAAACUGAAUCCCAAUCAGAAGUCCGGGAACCCAAAAUGGAUGCUCGCAAGCGUCGUUUUCUAUUCCGUGCCGAUGCCAGUUAAAGAGAACAAGUGAGAGAAUGAUACAGAGGGAUCGAUAGCAAUCCUGGCGAGGAUCAGACUCCUCCCACUUAGCCCGAACCGGAACCCCGUUCACCUCCUAGUUCCCCCCAAAACGCUAUCCCACUCAUUUGCACCUAGGCAAGUUUAAUUUAAUAAUUUUUUGAUUUCCUAGUUUUAUGGCCAUUUCUUAAAGGAAAAACGUGCACGAGAGUUGAAAUUUAAGUUUAGAAAUUGUUGUUCCAACGAGUUAAAGAAA